GUUCUCCCAAUCACUCAAAAUAGUGGGGUCCACAUGUCGAGUAUGUGGCGCGUCGCUCGUUGGGCCGCCGUCCAGCGCCGCCACUUCAGCGCGAAGAAGACGCCUGCGUUCGAGUUCAAUUCGGCCGCGGAGUACUACACCUACCUGAACGAGCACCAUAGCCGACUGCCGUGGGGCUUCUCCGUCGGCAACACCACGUUCAAGUUUGUUCCGCAGGAGGCGCCGCACCUGCCGGCGCAGAUGACUCUGACGUUGAUCAAGCCUCACAAACCCACGUCUCUCUUUGGUGCCGUCUUCACGCAAAACGCGUGUCCUGGCGCGCCGAUCAAGGUCGGGCGCAAGCGGCUGGCAGAAGACACGCUCGGGGCCAUCAUCGUCAACAACAAGAUCUCCAACGUGUGCGCGAACGGCGGCGGCGUCGGCGACGCGCAAGAGGUUUGUGAUGCCAUCGCGCAGCACUUGGACUUACGGGGAUCCCAAGUUCUGCCCAGCAGUACCGGCGUGAUCGGAUGGCGUCUGCCCGUGGAGCCCAUCAUCAACGCCCUGCCCAGUCUCGUGGAAUCGCUGCAAGACACGUCCAUCUUGCCUGCUGCGUCGGGUAUCAUGACCACGGAUUUGUACCCCAAGAUCCGAUCCGCCGACGUGUGCGGCGGUCGUAUCGUCGGCAUCGCCAAGGGUGCAGGCAUGGUCGAGCCCAACAUGGCCACGAUGCUAUCGUACAUCCUCACGGACUUGUCGGUGCCGCGCGAGUUGCUGCGGCAGUUGCUGGCCGAAGUCGUCGAACAAACGUACAACUCGAUGAGCGUCGACACGGACGAGAGCACGUCCGACACGCUGGCGAUCGUGUCGUCGGAUCAGAUUCCAUUUGACGUGGACGACACGGACGCAUUCAGAGCCGCUUUGUACGACGUGUGCGCGGGGCUGUGCGAAGACAUUGUGCGCAACGGCGAGGGCGCCCAUCAUGUGAUGCGCGUGGUCGUGACGGGCGCCGCGGACGAAGUGCAGGCCAAAGGCGUCGGCAAGUCGAUUGUGAACUCGCCGCUGCUCAAGUGCGCCGUGGCAGGGAACGAUCCCAACGUUGGCCGCCUCGUCAUGGCGGUGGGCAAAUACAUGGGAAAGCACUACAAGGGCGUGCAGCACGUGGCGGAAACCAUGACCAUCAGCAUGGGGGGAUUGCGCAUUUUUGAGUGUGGCGAGUUCACGCUCAAUGGGGACGUCGAGAAGGAGCUCGUGCAGCACAUGAAGAAGGCGCAGCUGACCGAGACGACGCGCGGCGGCGUCGAUCACACCUCCCGCGACUACCCCCCUCAUGACCACAUGGUGGAAAUUCAAGUGGAUUUGGGGCUCGGCAACGCCACCGCAAAAGUCCUCGGGAUAGACCUCACCCACGAAUAUGUGGCCAUCAACGCCGACUACCGCUCGUAGCGUAAAUGAUCAACCUUGUGGUAUUUUUCGUUGCUCUCAGGACCGCGAUUUCAAUUAUUGUGAAAAGGAGUCCUGAUUCAAGCAAUGACCAAUUGAGUACACUUUAAACUGUCCGAGCACCAUAUAUUGGUCAUCUAUGUACGUUAAGCUGACUCGUCGAACGUUGGCAAUCUUAUCAAUAUCAAUCCACCUUGUCCUGCC